UGAAUCAUUUUUGUUUUGAAAACGUAGCCCGAAACUCGAAAGAAACAACAUCGCCAGUGUACAUACCAGGAAGGGAACCGUGCAAGAGUGGCGGAAAAGGAAUAUCAUUUUGUGCGGAAAAUCGAUAAUCAAUCAGUGCAUUUUUCACGGGGUCGUCUGUGUCGCGAAACAGGUAAUGUGAAAUAAUUGCUGGUUUUCUCGGAGUGAUUGUGGAUUGUGCUGCUAAGCGUCCCUUUGCGAUUUCGAAACAUUGAAAGUCGAAUCCCUUCGGUGGGGGGUGGAAUGUUCCAUAAUGGAGAAGGUUGAGUUUCUGAAUGGUGGAUCCUCCAGCAGCUACUGCAACAGUUCGGUGGCGGAGGAGCAAAGUAAAUCACUGACCUCGAUCGAAGCGGAUCGCAGCUUCGAAGAAUAUUGUGACGAAAAUAAUCGGCUGAUGGAAGUGAAUGAUGAUUGCGAUGCAGGGGAGGUACGAGACGAUGAAGUUGGCAGCCUGCUGGAGCCUCAGGCAGUCGGAAAGAACAUUGCCUUUGUCCAGCCAAACAACCAUCGCAGAUCCGAUGAACCGACGGAACUCAGCUUCGAGAAGUUUCCAGAAAAUCACGAAGAAAAACUAAAACGCAUCAAAAUUGAAAACGCUUUGGACGAUUCCAGCACCACACAAGACGAAUGGAGGAAGUUUGCGAAAUCAGAGUACGGGCUCAUCAAUGGUGAGUACGAUAGUGUUUAUUGAAUGCACCUUUUGGCG